CCCACGCCGGCAUACGUAAAGGCUGCGCGCGCACUCGUAGAUCUCCGCCAGCACGCAGGCGCAGGCCGCGGGGCGGGGUUUAGACAGCGGGGCCCUCCGCGGGAGAUUCCCGGGCCGCGAGUGCGGGUUUGCCAUCUUGGGAUCCCAUGAUUGUCCCACCUGGGCUCUGGGGCCCCUUGGCCCAUGCCAGCAGAGUGCUCACCCAGCGUGGCUUCAGUACCUCUGGGAGCCUUGGCGCAAUCCAGAAGAUGACUCGGGUGCGCGUGGUGGACAACAGUGCCCUGGGGAACACUCCAUACCAUCGUCCUCCUCGGUGCAUCCACGUCUAUAACAAGAAUGGGGUGGGCAAGGUGGGAGAUCAGAUCCUGCUGGCUAUCAAGGGUCAGAAGAAGAAGGCUCUCAUCGUGGGGCAUCGCAUGCCUGGCCCCCAGAUGACCCCCAGGUUUGACUCCAACAACGUGGUCCUCAUUGAGGACAAUGGGAACCCUAUAGGGACCCGAAUUAAAAUACCUAUCCCCAGCAGCCUGCGCCGGAGGGAAGGCGAGUACUCCAAGGUGCUGGCUAUUGCUCAGAACUUUGUGUGAACACAGCUACACUUGGGCCACAGGGACUCAGUGAGCCAAGCAGCUCCAACAACAAGACCUGGUGGGAGGGAUCGGGGCCACACAGCCAUUCCCUCCCUGUGUAACAGUGUCCUGGAACAGAAUAAAUGUCUUAGUGCAUGUUUU